AUGCCGCCUCCUCCUGCUGGCCGGACUUCUCGGCCGUUCCGAACGGCGGUGUCAGGGAGAGAAGCUGUAAGCACAAGAACGUGUGCUGCGCAAAUACAGCCGCGUCCUGCUUCCCCUCCUCGCGCAACACAACAUGCGUUGAUUUCCGCCUCUUUCCUCUUCCUCUUCACCGCCAUCAUAUUUAAAUCGGUCUUUCCUAUCUCCCUAGCAUGCGCCGCCCACAUAGCCGACCACUCGCGCCAGUCCUUAUCCCUUCGCCUUCUUCCGCCCGUCAAUGCCCAUCUCAUUACGCCGAAGCGCACCUCCCCGCGACGCCUAGCAGCGCCAGCAGUAGGCGCGGGCCCGGCGGACGUCGUGCGUGCAUGGGGAGUGACGCACCGUUCCGCCAGUGCCCGCCGAACUGCCCCCACUCGCCAACUGGCGGAGCGGAGCGAAGCCGCGCUGUUCAAUGUGGAGCCCAGCGCAACACCACAGAAUUCAGAUAGUUCCCCGUCCGACGCGAGCCAUGGCGACGUUGAACUUUCCGCGCAGCUGCUUCGGGCACCCGCGCUUGACAGAUCCACCUCCCCGCCUCCUCCCAGUAACCCUCCUAGAUCUCCCCCAUCUCCGCCAACUGCGCCGGCUCCGCCAUCUUCCCCAAGCCCCACAGUGCAGACGCGCAUAGCGAACGGGACUCCGUCUCCGCCGAGCAGUGGCGGGCAUCACGGGGAAAAAGGCGGACACCACUCGGCCGGUAAAGGCCACCACAAGUCGCCCGCGACGGACAGCGGCGGAAGCAGCGGAAACGACGGGAGUAGCGGAAGCAGCGGAAAGAGCGGAAGCAGUGAAAGCAGCGGAAAGAGCGGGAGUAGCGGAAGCAGCGGAAAGAGCGGAAGUAGCGGAAGCAGCGGAAAGAGCGGAAGUAGCGGAAGUAGUGGAAGUAGCGGAAGCAGCAAGGGUAGCGGAAACAGUAAGGGAAGUGGGUCGAGCGGAUCGAGCGGGUCGAGCGAUACGGGGAAGGUGGCUCGAGGGGUGGGCGGCACGCAGGCGAGCAGCAUGGAUACGGUGAAGGUGCUGUUGAGCACUGCGAACAUCUCUGCCCCGCGAUGCCUCGACGGCAGCCCCGCCGGGUACUACCAUCAGCGCGGAACCGGCACGGGCAGCAAGCGGUGGCUCAUCACUCUGGAGGGCGGGGGGUGGUGCUUCAACAUGCAGCGGUGCGUGCGGCGGAAAGCCACGGGGCUGGGCAGCAGCACCACGUGGCCCAACCCCGUGCCCGGCCAGCCUGGCAAAGCGGCGUCGCCCGGGGGAUCAGCGUCGGCGCUGAUGGGCGGCAUCGGGAGCGCGAACGCGACGGUGAACCCGCUGUUCUACAACUGGAACGUCGUGCUCGUCAAGUACUGCGACGGCGCCAGCUUCGCCGGCAGCGCUGGCGCCGUGAAGCGCGGCGGCGCCGCCAUGUACGCCAUGGGCGCGGGCAUCCUGAAAGCCGUCAUCCAAGACCUGCUGCAGCAGCGCGGCAUGGCGGGCGCGCAGCAGGUGGUGCUGUCGGGGUGCAGUGCGGGCGCGGUGGCCGUGGCCAUGAAGUGCGACUCCGUGGCCGCCAUGCUGCCCACACCACUGCAGCCGUCCUUCAAAUGCAUCAUGGACGCGGGGUUCUUCCUCGAUGGUCCAGCGGUGAACGGCGACUACUACUUCCGCGGCACCAUACAGACGCUCUUCGCCCUGCACCACAUGGAGGCUGGAGUGCACCCCGCCUGCGCCAAGUACUACGCGGCGCGCAACGAGACAUGGAAGUGUUUCUUCCCGCAGUACGGGCUGCACUUUGUGCGCACGCCGCUCUUCCUCGUGCAGAGCAUCCUCGACUACUCAGGCAUCGCCAAAACCCUCGCCCCAGAAACAAUCCCCGAGGGCGCGCCCGUACGUGCGUGCAUGCGGCGCGGCAACGUGGCGGCAUGCCCAAAGAGCACAGCGGAUGUUCUGGCACGGUAUAGCCGCGGCAUGGAGCAGACGGUGCGGGAUGUGGUGAAGGAGCGCAACGCGGCGGGCAGCAAGAUGAAGGCGUUUCUCUUCAGCGCGGUGGCGCACUGCACCAUGGGGGAUGAUGCGUGGGCUGUCAACAAACCCAUGAUGUCCAGCCGCGUUGACCUCGCACAAAUGCUCCGGCAAUGGAUCGUCUCUUGA